AUGCUGUUGCAGCGCGUUCUGUUCCUCCCACUGGUCACUCAGUGGAACAGGCACGCUACCCAAAAUCUGAUUCCUCGCUUCCCGGCUGUACGGCUGACCGGCUUCAGGAGCAACUCGAGCCUCCCAGGUGCGAAGGAGCAGACCCUCAUUGCUGUCAAACCUGACGGCGUCCAGCGUCGUCUCGUGGGACAGAUCAUCCGGCGCUUUGAGCAGAAGGGCUUCAAGCUGGUGGGUCUGAAAAUGCUGCAGGUGUCCGAGGAGCUCCUGUCUCAACACUACUGCCAACUGACGCGGAAGCCCUUCUAUCCCAGUCUGGUGAAGUACAUGACCUCUGGGCCCGUGGUUGUCAUGGUGUGGGAAGGGCAGGAUGUGGUCCAGUCAUCGCGCCUGAUGGUGGGACCCACCAACCCUGCCGCGGCCCCAGCGGGCACCGUCCGAGGGGAUUUCAGCCUUCACGUCAGCAGGAACGUGGUCCACGCCAGCGAUUCCCUGGAGGGGGCCCAGAGGGAAAUUCAGCUGUGGUUUCAGGGGAAGGACCUUGUCAAGUGGGACUGCUGGGACCAGACCUUAACCUGCGAGGAGUAAAGACGCCGACCGGCGCUGCUACCUCAUCUCCUGUUUUGCUGGUGAUUCUGCUUCUUUAAAAGUUCUUCUGAAAAGCGUCCGUGGAAUAAUUUGCCUCAGGAAGUUAGUAUGGUCAAGCAAAGGAGAUUUUUUUAUUACCGAACAUCAGCGCUUUUGGUGCUUUUGGCUUUUGUGUCAGUCCUCAAAUGAGUUUGCUAGAUAUUUAUCCGUGAGCCACAAUCACCUGAUCAAAAUCAUUGUAGUUUUUUUUCAAUUUAAUUUACUACGUAUUUCCAAUUUAAUAUCUUAAAGCUCAGGGUUAGAAUAUGAUGGAAAUCUGAAACUGAUUUGGGAGAUCGGCAAACAUGUAGAGCACAGAAAAAAUGGUGAUAUGUAAAUUAUUAACUAAAACUACCCUCCCCUGACUGUAAUUUCAAUCAUUGCAAUUGCACGAGUUCCUGGUGCUUCAAGUAAAAAAAUAUAUAUAUAUUAUUGUAUAAUGUCUGUCUUGAAAUAACUCGGGUUUUUCAUAUUUUGACCAAUGUUGUGACUUAAAAAUAAUUGCCUUAAGUCAUGCGUUAUUGUUUUUUUUAUAUGCCGUCC